AUGUUCAUAAUGGAGUACGUGCGAAUAACUUGUUUCAGGCCCACCGCUCGAUUUCUCUUCGGGAAGGGAAGCUACAUUCUUAUAGCAUUGUACGCGUUUACUGCUGUUGACUAUGGUGCUGUUUGUUUCUUCAACUUCGGUCCUUCUCUAGUGAAGGAUUUUUAUUUUUCUGAGGAAAUGAGGCUUUCUUAUCAGCUGAACAUAAUCGAUAUUGGCUAUCUCGGCCCAGCAUACAUGCUGAAUGGAGAAGUACAAUGGUUGGACUUGUCAGGCUUGCUCAACGUCAGCGUCGUUAUCGGCUUCACAUUCGCACUCAUACCGUUUUGUGGAAUAGGUGGGACUCAACGGUAUUCAUUGGCGGAUCAGGUCAGCACAACCGUAGCGCCUAGGCACCUUCAAAAAUUUUACGAUCUCCGCCCCACAUCUGUGGUUACUGGUUCUCUGUGGUAA